AUGGGAGCGCAGGGCUGGGGCGGCAGGGGCGCCGGCGUCGCGCGGCAGGCCUCCGCAAUGUUUGCCCAGUGCACCUGGAAGUGUGCAACCUCCGUGCUGCUGAUCGCACUGCUGAGCUGCGGCCUUUCUCCUCCAGCACAGGCUGGCAAGAGCUCAGAGGAUAUUCGCUGCAAAUGCAUCUGUCCCCCAUACCGGAACAUCAGCGGGCACAUUUACAACAAGAAUGUGUCACAGAAGGACUGCAACUGCCUGCAUGUUGUGGAGCCCAUGCCAGUGCCCGGGAACGAUGUGGAGGCGUAUUGCCUGCUGUGUGAGUGCAAGUACGAGGAGCGCAGCACCACCACCAUCAAGGUCAUUAUCAUCAUUUAUUUGUCCGUGGUGGGGGCACUGCUGCUCUACAUGGCUUUCCUUGUACUGGUGGACCCUCUGAUCCGAAAACCAGAUGCUUACACACAGCCCCUGCACAAUGAGGAGGAGAAUGAGGACUCUCGCUCCUUGGCUGCAGCCCCAACCCCGUCAGGGGCCAGAGCCAACACGGUGCUGGAGAGGGUGGAGGGAGCCCAGCAGCGCUGGAAGCGCCAGGUGCAGGAGCAGAGGAAGACAGUUUUUGAUCGGCACAAGAUGCUGAGCUAGAGGAGCAGCAGUGCAGCACCAGGAGCCCGGGUAGCUCAGCAGGUAGAGACAGACAGCAAGCCAUCCUUCAGGACAGCCGUGGUGUUGGCCUGGAAGCUCUAACCCUCUCCGAUUUACCCUUUUGUAGAGAGGGGCAGGCCACAGUGCUUGUCCCUGGUUUUUGUCCCCUUGCCCUGUACAUCAGCCCAUAGGCUGAGACCUGCACUGACAGCUGGCCCCUGGCUGCAUGUAAACGGCCACACACAGCUCUGCCACCCCAGUGCGUGGGUCAGUGGGGGCUGCAGCUCCAGGGCGCUGUGCCACCGGCACGAUGCUGCAGUCACUGCUUGCUGGGGUUGACAUCAGCCCUGUGUUAGAGAGUCUUGGUGUGGAGUUUAGUGGGAGAAAAGUAACGGGAUCAUUUUUGUAGGCUAAAUUAUAUGGUGCUGCUCCAGGAUAAAGAAGCCACCUCCAUCUCUCGUUUGCACUGAUGUUAAUUGGGAACUCCAAAGCGUGACACAUGUGCACUGCAUGUGGGAUCCCUGCUGCUGGUCAGCUGCUGCUUGCACUUACUCUGGUGUAACCUGAGUGCAUGUCCAUGUUAUUCAGUGGAGUUUCUCCGGAUUUACACCAGCGUAACAGAGACUGCAGUUUGUUUCUGUGCAGGAGAGCUGCACAGAGCUGAUUAGUAGAUUAACGAGUAAAAGAACAGGUAUGCUGAUUUAUACUUCUAUCUCUGUUUACCUCCUUUAGCAGCAGAUAAAAAUACAGUGGGGAGAAAGCUUUUGGUUUGUAACCCUGCUUGUAACCCUUGACGUUCACACAGUGCAUGAAAGGCAUUGUGUCCAAGAGAAGUGGGGCAGUGGCUUUGCUGGAGCACACCUUAUCUCUGAAAUGGAGAGGUAUGGGUUUGAAAGCUGAGCUAUUCAAUGGAUAAAGAUCUUUCUUUUUUGGAGCUGGAACUAGAUGAUGUUUAAGGUAUCUUCUAACCCAAGUCAUUCUAUGGUCUGGGAUCGUAGCCCUAGGAAGGUCACCUUUGUGUUCCUCAAAAUUCCCAAGACCUCUGACUGUGCUUUGGCUGGAACCCUUAGAACGUCAGGAAGGUGCUGGAGUUUAUCGUGUAGCAUCUUUGUAUUAAAUGCAGACAAAGACCUUC